CUCAUUCAUUCACUCAUUCAUUCAAUCACUCAAUCAAUCAUUCAAUCAUUCUGAACGCAUACACAGAAAUCUGAUCGACACACACGCAGUGCGGCUCACAGCAAUUGGCUCACAGAACCCAUCCCCUAUUAUUAUGUGACAAUUGACUGAGUGAGUGACUGAGUGAAUGGAUGGAUGACGUCCAGCGAUGAAUCAUGGGAUGACAAGCAAGCGAACGAGCCAACAACCGCCACACCAACCAGUCAGUCAUCUGAGUGACGUGCCGCUCUCUCAGUGUCGUGUGUGUGUGAUACUCCCCCGACCCGCCACGGACGGCGCCCCCAGAUGCACAUGCCAUGCCGGGAGCGCCACUGGUUGCGUUUCGAGAAUGCACCACACGCUGGGGCAAAGCCCUGCUGGCAGCCUAUCCACUGCCUGCAGCAGUCCGAUCGGAUCGCACAGCCAGAAGCAACGGCCGACCGACACCAGCCGUGCAGAUCGACAGAGACCUCAGAAAGCUAGAAGGAAAGAUCAAGGAAGUCUUGAUACGAUAUGCCCCUCCUUUCGUUGCCUCUCUGCCCUUGUUGCCUUCCUUGUCGGGCGCCCGCCCCUGCAAAGCUUGCCAGUGAUCACUCGCAGCACACAUGGAGGGAGGGAGGGAGGGAGGUGUCGGCAAAGAAAAAGAUGCUUGCCGUGAGUGGUUAACCCACCCAAAGCGUGUGGUGUCUGUCUGUGGUCAGAACACACACACAUACAGGUGGGUGAGAGAGUGUCCAGAGCGCGCACCGCUAUGCGACUAAAACACCAUCCACCACUUCCACACGCCCCACACACAGAGCCUCCCCGUAUCAGCUAGCUAUGCGGCGCACGGCAGCGAUCCUCUCUUAUUUCUCUGCCAGCCGGCCGUCCUGGUGUGCCGGCCACGCCGUCUGUCUGCCUGUCUGCCUGUACAUGUGCUCUCCUUUCCUCUCCUCUCUCCUCAAUACAUACACUCCUACACAAAUACGGAUGGAUGUGGAUCGAUGGACCGAUGGACGUGGUGUAUACACAGACAUAUACAAUACAAUACAGGGGACAGACACCUUUGCAUACUCACACUCUCCCUCCCUCCCUCCCUCCCUCCCCCUCUCUCUCUCCCUGGACCUUCACUGCGUUGAAACAGACAGACCUGCCGGGGCCAGUUAGUGUACACGACAGACUAUGUAUGUAUGUAUGUGUGAUCACCUAAACAGAAGCCAAGAAGGGAGGGAGGGGAGUGCGGUCGGGCGAUCGCGAUAUCGACACAUGGCAAGGGCAGAGUGAAUGAAGGAAUGAAGGCAGACAGACAGACAGACCAAAAAGACGGACGCUGCAGAUGUGUGUGCGCAUUCCGUCGUCCAUUCACUCAUUCAUUCGGUCACGACGUACGCUAUGUAGGUAUACGAAGGAAGGGCCCAAUGCAGCCAGGCCACGCCACGCCAGGCCAGGCAGCAGUGAGUGGGCAAUUAGAAUCAUGAUAUAGAUGAGAUGAGAUGAAACUGGGACGUACGCUCUGGACGGUGGACGCACUCGAUGGACGGGAGGGACAUGUGUAAAGACGUAUGGAGGGAGGGAGGGAGGGAUGCAGAUGGAUGCACGCCGCGCGUCAGCCAGCUGCAAGCAUGCAUGUGGUGACGCGCACAGUGCCUGCCGACGGAUCCAUGGGAUGGAUGGUGGUGACACACACCCCCACACACACACCCCGACACACACAGAAACACACACAGACUCAGACACCCAAGAAAGCACACCGCACCGAACCCUCAUCUCUCCGACCCACAGGCAGACAGGCAUCAUGCAGAUCGUGCGUGCGUGAGUGCGUGCUCGACCGUGUGACAUGGCCCGGCCCGGCCCCUUGCCCCGUAUUACUGUACACUCGCCUCCUUCUGACUGGCUGGGGUGGCCAGGCGGCCAGACGGCCGAUGCACGCACGCACCACGCACGCACACACACACACGUGCACUUCCCCCGUUGGGACGGACGGAAAGGAGCACGGCGCACCACGCACCCGCAUUUCAUCUCUCUGUCUCUGUCUGGCUCUCUCCAAAAUGCCCCCUUCCCCCCCCCCAAUUUCUCUCUCACUUUGGUUGCUCUCAGAAAGGAACAAGGUCACGUAGAAAGAAAGAAAGAAAGACUCACACGGACAGACCGAGAAAGGGCCCACAACAAAACGAGAUGAAACGAAACAGGACAACACCACUCACUCCACACAAACAGGGCUAUGUAUGCUCUCUCUAGGCAUGCUCCACUCACUCACGCUCAGCACACGACAUGCAGACUAGCUAGACAGAAAGCAGUGGGGGAGGGGAGACGAGAGUGAGGUGAGUGUGUGCUAUGUUUGUAUCUUGUCCAUGUGCAGGUUGGCCGCGAAGUGCGUGUGGAUGCCCCAAGGGAUGUGGUGCUUCAGCCACAGCUUCGCAACAGGACCUAAACACACAGCACAGCACAGCACAGCACAGCACACGCACCAUCAAACACCCUCCGCGACCGACCCCUGGCUGUGUGGCGUGUCCCGACCGACCGACCUUUGUGGAUGUACUUCGGGUGGAAUAUAGCGAGGUACGGCCGGCCCCUCUCCAUGUCGUGCACAAUACCCAUCAUCCAGCCGCUGGUCUCCUCGUCAAGAUCUUGGUGUGCGUGUGGAUGUCUGUGUGCGCGCGGGAGCGGCCGGUGGGCGAUGGUGGGCUGGGACGAGAAGGCACGUCGGCCAGUAUACCACGCAUCGACCUUCUUGGACACCACGUCUAGCCUGACAGACACAACACAUGGAGGGAGGGAGGGAGGGUGGAUGGAGUGGAUCGGUGGGCAGGGUGCGGUGCAGGUGGAGGUUUGUUGACUCCAUUCAUUCUCAUUUACCUUGCGAAGCCCUGUGGUGGGCUGGCUCCCGGCCAGCCCGGUCCCCUUGUGUGACUUAGAAUACAGUACAGCUGGCUGAACGGCAGCGAUUCCCGACUGCAGCAGAUGAGAUAGAUGUGACGCACAGAAAACGGACGGACGGACGGACGGACAAGUGCGGCAAGGAAGGUGAUUGAUACUAGUCUUAAGUAGGCGAUGGAUCGCGGUGCAAGCUUGGUGGUUACUUUGGGUGAGAUAUUGGUUGUGCGAUGGACAGCCUCUCAAAGCCUGGCGUGGGCCGGUGCUCCACGACUCUCGGAUGCUCCUCAGAAGACACAUCGAUGACCGUCCUGCACACCACACCCACACAUUGGGAGAGGAGAGGUUUCUCAACGUCUGUCUCGGCUCGCGCGGCGCAUACGGUGCCCACCUGUAGAGUGUGAUCUGUGGAGAUGAAGUGGGGUCGGGCCAGUAGCCCUCAUUUGCACCAAAGAGGCUCUCGGCGUUCCUGUUGAUGGCCAGAAACUCGGGACCCCAGGCCUCGGAAUAGAUCACUACCCUGCACACACACACACACACACAUGGAUGAACACCACACACAGAUGGAAGGGGGAUGGAUGGAUGGAUGGGCGACUGCCUGACGGACAUUACCUUCCCUCGUCGUCUUCAAAUCCUGACAGGUGGAUAGGGAAGCCGACCUCACCCACAUCGACCACACGCGGCGGCGUCCCUACACACACCAUCCAUCCAUCCAUCCAUGGCUGUGUGUGAUGUCUGUGUGUGUGUUGUGUGGCCUUGACCGACCCGCCCUCCGACCCACCUCACCUGCCUUCGGCCCUGUCGGCCUGGGCACGAGAUGAAGACGCAAUGGGCCAGCCAGCUUCCUGAACGACCAGAUCAAACCAACACAACACAUAAUGUGCAUGUCUGUCUGGCUGGCCGUCUGUCUGUCUGUCUGUCUGUCUGUCGUGUCGUGGCUGGCUGGCUGACUUGAGGCACUCGACGGGUCCCUUUUGGCCGAGCAGGAAGGGCAGCGGCUGCAGCUGCAUGGGGGGGUCGGGCAGGAUGUAAUACGACUCAGUUAUGCCCCAGUCGUGGGGCGCCGCCACCGCAUCUGGGGAGUCGACCAACCAUAAUACAUGUGUGUGCUGUGCUGUGCUGUGCUAUGGCGUGCGUACCAGGCAUUUCGUAAGGCAUGACAGAGAGAAGAGUUCCGUCGUCUGCCCACUCGCGUAUGGUGAGCCCCAUGGGUUUGCCCAUCAUGGGCGCACCCACCUGCCAAGUGAAGGCCACAAAGUUGCCCCUGUCGGCCUCAACCUUCACCACAACCAAUAAACACAACACACACAACAAACAGACAGACAUGCAGGGACAGAGGCUCAUCAGUCGCUCAGCUCCCUCCCUCACCUUUGGGUGCGCAUUGCUCGCGUCCCCCUCCAUCUCCAUAAUGCCGUCCAGCCAGUGCCACGUGCUCCUGCUGCUACGGCCAGCAGACGACGACCCAGACGACGAUGAGGACGCCGAUUCCGCCGCCCCGGCCACACCCACAUCGCCCCCCAAGUCCAUGUCAGCCGGGCCCACCGUCGAGAGGUCGUUGAUCUCGAGUGCCCAGGGCAGGCCCGCCUCGUGCAGCGCCAGCAGCAUGGGCGGCCCUUCCCUCCGUGGGAACAGGGCUAUGUUGGUGUUGGGCGGGGCCUUGAGGCGCGCGUCCAUGGCGUUUUCGGUCAUGCGUUCGAGCGGCGAGGGGACGUCGCCCUGGCGGAGUCGCUCGAGGGUGCGGAUGAUCUGGGUGGCCCGUUUGCAGCGGGCGUGGGGGCUGUCGGGGUUGCGGUAAGUGCCGAAACAUCCCUAAAUGGCCAGAUCCAGAAACAAACAAGAGAGAUGAGAUGAAGCCAUUGGCGAGUGGAUGGAAGGGUGGAUGGAUGGCUACCCUGUAGAGGAAUUGGUUGGCGUUUUGUUCGUCGAGGAAGUCGGGCGUGACGACGUAGCGCGACCGCAGCCAGGCCUUGCCGUCGCGGAACGAUAUGGCCGUCAGGUACCCGUCGCCGUCCUGCACACACUCAGACAGACAGAUAGACAGAUGCGUGUGGGGCGUGGUGAGAGUGAUUUGUAUGUGCGUGUGUCUUCGCGUACCAUCCAAUGUGCUGUGGUCUGGUUGGCGCGCUCAAACAAAGCUGAUGGACACACACACACACAAACACACACACACACACACACACAGAGAGAGAGAGAGAGAGAGCAAGACGACCAGAAAACAUUAAAACAGAGUGCAUGCCACACAUGCGACUCCCUUCCCUCUCCCUCUUUCACAUAGCGGUGUGCCUUGCCUCACCAGGUCCCAGCCGCAGGUAUGUGCCGUUGAUAUCCUUGGGGAUGCUCCCCUCCACCUCGUCUAUCACAUACUCAAACUCCUCAGGCUGCGACUUGAAGGCCGCUGCCCAGUCGUCCCUACUAAACACGCCAUCGAACUUCUUGAGCUCCGCCAGCCGGGCACUGUCGUCCACCGUCGGCCUGGCGGUCUUGAUCGGCGGGAUGGCCAGCGGCAACACCCACGACCUCAGCAUGUGGCUGAUCGGGAUGCGCACAGCCGCCUGGGCGACCUUCUUGGUCGUCUCCAAACGCUGAUCCGUCGGCGGCUUCUGCUGAAGUCGCGUUCUCGGCUGUGUGCGCGAGUGUCGGCCGCCGCCGUGUGCGCUUGGUGGCUGGAGGAAUGAUGACGAGGGCCAUGGAGAGGGCCGGGAGGUCUUGAGGAAUCUGCCGCUGGCGUGCCGCACGGUCAGAGUGAGCUGCAGGGCGAGCAGGGUGACCACAGAUAGAGACAGCAUGGCGCCGUCUGGCUUGACGGACAGGGGCGUGGAUGGUUGCGGUGACGCUGCUGCUCAAGGAGAGACCUUGUGUGGACAGUAACAACCCGCCACGCGGCGAGAUC